CUCAGCACUCCAUUUUACGUUUUCACAUCUUCUUCGAACCAUCUAUGCAUAAGAUUAAGCACCCUCCUUUUCCUACACUCCUAUAUCCUUGUUUAUAUAACUUCACCACCUUAUCUUACUUCUCCCUCAUCGCUUAUUCAUCCUCAUUCAAAAACAUCUCUCUUCUUCGAUCUUCGAUCUUCGAUCUUCUCUCCUUUUCUAAUUAAUAAAUAUAAUUAGGAUCAUCAUCCCGCCGCCAUGUUUACUACUGAAUCAGAAUCAAAAUCAAAAUCAAAAUCAAUUUUAACUAGAGAAGUAUGGGCUUCUAAUUUAGUUUCUGAAUUUCAAUUGAUCUCUAAUUUAAUCGAUCAUUACCCUUUUAUUUCAAUGGAUACUGAGUUUCCUGGCGUCAUUCACAAGCCUCUACAUCAUCACCGUCGACCCUCACCUUCCGAUCUAUACACCCUUCUUAAAUCCAACGUCGAUGAUUUGAAUCUUAUCCAAGUGGGCCUCACCUUAUCCGACUCUUCUGGUAAUCUCCCCAAUUUGGGAUCUAACAAUCAGUCUUACAUCUGGGAGUUCAACUUCUCUGACUUCGAUGUGGAGCGUGAUCCUCACGCUCUUGAGUCCAUCCAGCUACUCACCCAACAAGGUAUUGACUUCCAGAAGAACAAGAAAGAAGGUAUUCAAUCCCACAAGUUUGCAGAAUUGAUGAUGUCAUCAGGCUUAGUUUGCAAUGACUCCGUAACUUGGAUCACCUUUCACAGCGCCUAUGAUUUUGGUUACUUGAUUAAAAUACUGACACGCCGCAACUUGCCCGAAUCUGUAGAUGAGUUUUUAAGUUUGACAAGAGUGUUCUUCGGGAAUCGGGUAUAUGAUAUAAAGUACAUGAUGAGGUUCUGUAAGAGUUUAUAUGGUGGGUUAGACAGGGUUGCUAAAACACUUGAGGUGAAGCGGGCCGUCGGGAAAUGCCAUCAGGCUGGUUCAGAUAGUUUGCUGACAUGGCAUGCAUUUCAGAAGAUGGUACAACUCUAUUUUGUAAAUAAUGUCCCGGAAUAUCACUCUGGUGUCAUCUAUGGAUUAGAGGUCUACUAGGAUACUACCACACAUACUGCUCCCAUGUAUGAUGUAUCCAUUCAUAGACUAGCUUCUGUAUCUCCAUUACAUAACUAAGCUACUGUUAAUUCAUUUUAUUAAUUCCUUAUUAAAUCAUUAAUUACAUAAUUUCCUCCA